AAAGGUUGUGACUGAUUUUUAACAACGAACGUAACGGUCUCGAAAGUAGAAAGAGAUGCUGUUAUCAACUCCUGGUUUUGCAGUGUCUUCAGCCCAGCAGUGGAUGGUUUUUCACUGCAGAAGCCAUUGGACUGAAGCAGAAGCUAACACAAAUGGUGGUAUAAAAGGGAGAAUCGGUUUUCCCCUAAAUUUGGGUUCUUCAAGGAAUAUCAAGUUUAUUAGUCGUUCAGUUUCUGAGGAGGGGAAAACCUCGAUCGGAUUCGAUACGCCAUUCCCCGAUGAUUACGAUGACCUUCUUAGACAAGCAAAAAGGGCAACUGAAUCGGCUUUGAAGGAUGGAAAACAGUUGAUGGAGAUUGAAUUCCCAACAGCUGGACUUGGAUCUGUACCAGGCGACGGCGAAGGAGGGAAUGAAAUGACCGAAAGUAUGCAGUUGAUUCGUGAAUUUUGCGACAUUUUAGUAACUCCCGAGAAAGCGACACGAACCAGAAUAUUCUUCCCAGAGGCAAACGAAGUUAAAUUCGCAAGACAAGUGUUUGAAGGGGCUUAUUUCAAACUCGACUACCUAACGAAACCUUCAUUCUUCGAGGAUUUCGGUUUCGGAGAGAAAGUGAAAAUGGCAGACAGGGUAAAGCCGGACGAUGAACUGUUCCUCGUUGGUUAUCCUUAUUUUAACGUUAACGAAAUGAUUGUGGUGGAAGAGCUUUACAAGGAAGCUGUAAUGAACACCAACAGGAAACUGAUUAUAUUCAACGGAGAACUCGACCGUAUCAGAUCUGGGUAUUAUCCAUCCUUCUUCUAUCCUAAGCUGGCAGCACUGACCAAAUCCCUCCUGCCCAUGAUGGAGACUGUAUAUUACAUACAUAACUUUAAGGGACGAAAUGGAGGGACACUCUUCAGAUGUUAUCCAGGACCUUGGAGAGUGCUUAAAAGGGUGGGGAAUGAGUCCUUUUGUGUGCAUCAGCAGGAAACAAUGCCAUCCCUCAAGGAAGUUGCCUUGGAUAUUCUCCCUUCUGCUUGACAUUUGAGAAUUGCACCACUGCACAUAUCAAUCCGCCAUAGCAUCAUGUAAAUAUGACGGUGGAAAUGCCCGAUAAAUCAAACUUCUUUUCUGGAAGAAGAAAAA